AUGAGACGAAUACUUUUCUAUAAGAACUCAGAAGAUCAAACAUGGAAGAUCUUGAGAAAGAAGUUUUUCAAGACGCAAAUAGAAGCGAUCACUCUAUUUCCAAGAAAUUUCAACGAGUCGGAUCCAAUUAAGUCAGAAUUUCUUGAUUGCCAAGAGACGAGAUCACAACCGUGGACUCAAACAACCUCCUGUGCGCCAAAGCACUUCCCCCUGAUACGACCUUCGCAGGAUAUUGAUUCUGUGAAUAUCAUCGCUCAGCAGAGCUCACUGAUAAGGGGAAGGCAUCCAAUACUCGAUGAAACUGACGAAAAGAGCAUCUGUCGAAAACGAAUUCAAAACGACUUUCCCCUGUAUCAAGGUCGCUACGAUCUGGUUGCCUUCAAAGACUAUCAAGAAAUUUUUGGCUCAGAAAGUCAAAAAGUUAUUGCUGAAUCCGAUGGCCACCCAGUCUUUAGAAACCAAAAUGUAUUCCUUCAGUACAUUUACGAUAAAGCAAGUCCACAUGUGAAAAAUGGAGCAUGGAUGUUCUUUUAUCUCGAAGCUACCGACUCUACUGUCCAUAGAUAUUUCGACUUUAUGGUAACAUCUAUCGACAACUACUCAAACUUUACCCCCAAAGAUCUCAUCGGAAAGCUGAGAUUCCAUGUCAUCAACCACAAUGUUGAUCUCGACAACAUCUUUAUUGCUGAAAAUGGCUGGCUUGACUGUGGAGAAAAUGAUAUUUUUUAUAUUGAAUAA